AUGCCGGGCCUUGACUACUACUCCAACGGUGUUACCAACGGUACCACCAACGGCGCCACUGAGGUCCCUGCUUCUCCUGCUCCAGCUCCAGGAUCUCCAGAAUCCUACCUCCACAACGGCAACUACAGCAACCCCCGUCUUGACUCUAAAAACUACCUCGAAGGCCCUUUGUCUCCAAAUGCUGCAACCCGCCUCCGCCAAAUGUUGGCCAGGCCAGGUAUCGUCGUUGCUCCUGGAAUCUGCGACGGCAUUAGCGCAAGAUGUGCCCUCGAAGCUGGUUUCGACUGCGUGUACCAAAGUGGAGCUGCCACCACUGCCUCUCGUCUGGGCCACCCUGACCUUGCCAUUGCGACUAUGAACGACUUCGUCGGAGCGGCGCAGAUGGUCUGCAGCAUUAGUCCUUCGGUUCCUGUCAUCGCAGACGCGGACACAGGGUUCGGCGGCCCCGCGAACGUUGCCCGCACUGUGAGACAGUACAUCAGUGCUGGAGUUGCUGGCCUCCACAUCGAAGAUCAGGUUCAGACCAAACGGUGUGGUCACCUCAUGGGCAAACAGGUGGUGUCGCGUGAGGAGUUCAUUACACGCAUCCGAGCCGCCGUCAUCGCGCGCGACUCUGUCCCAGGCGGCUCCGACUUUGUUAUUAUUGGACGGACAGACUCUGCUCAAGUUCUAGGCAUGGAAGAAGCCAUCACCCGUCUCAAGCUUGCUGCCGAUGCAGGUGCCGACGUCUGCUUCAUUGAGGGCGUGAAGACGGAGGAGCUCCUCCGCUCCACCGUGGCCGCACUUGCUCCGAAGCCUGUCCUCGUCAAUGUCAUUUCUGGCGGACUGACUCCAUCGUUCACCUACAAGGAGGCUGAAAGGAUGGGUGCUAAGAUCAUCAUCUUCUCCCUUGUCUCCUGUGUUGCGAUGGCCCACGCCGUCCGAGAUGCCAUGCGAUCCUUGAAGAAGACUGGUACCGAUUUCAGCUCUGCUAAAGGAAUGGACCCCAAAUCCUUCUUCGAGGUGAUGGGUCUCAAUGAAGUCAUCGAGUUGGAUGCUAAAGCUGGUGGAUCUGCCUUCGCCGUUGUAUGA